UGGAGGGGGCGGGGCUCCCGCGCACCGCGCCCAGGGUCACGUGAGACGGCGGUCACGUGACGGCGCGAUGGGGACGGCGCUGGACGUGAGGGUGAAGCGCGCCGGGAAGGUCUAUCGCGAUGGGGAAAUUCUUUCUGGAGUGGUGGUCAUAACCAGUAAGGACACGGUGCAGCACCAGGGGAUCUCCUUAACCAUGGAGGGCUCAGUGAAUCUGCAGCUCAGUGCCAAAAACGUGGGUGUGUUUGAGGCCUUCUGCAACACUGCCAAGCCUAUUCAGAUUAUCAACAGCACCAUUGAAAUGGUGAAACCAGGGAAGCUGCCCAGUGGCAAGACAGAAAUUCCCUUUGAAUUCCCACUGCAGAUGAAGGGCAACAAAGUUCUGUAUGAGACAUACCACGGAGUCUUUGUCAACAUCCAGUACACCCUGCGCUGUGACAUGAGACGUUCCCUGCUGGCAAAGGACCUGACCAAGACUUGUGAGUUCAUUGUCCACUCCCUGUCACAGAAAGGGAAGCUGCUGCCAAGCCCCGUGGACUUCACCAUUACUCCUGAAACUCUGCAAAAUGUUAAAGAGAGAGCCUCCCUCCCCAAAUUCCUGAUCAGAGGGCACCUGAACUCCACCAACUGUGUGAUCACGCAGCCGCUGACGGGGGAGCUGGUGGUGGAGAGCGCCGAGGCGGCCGUCAAGAGCAUCGAGCUGCAGCUCGUGCGUGUGGAGACCUGUGGGUGUGCUGAGGGCUACGCCAGGGACGCCACAGAGAUCCAGAACAUCCAGAUCGCCGACGGCGACGUCUGCAGGGGCCUGCCCAUCCCCAUCCACAUGGUGUUCCCCAGGCUCUUCACCUGCCCCACCCUGGAAACAACCAACUUCAAAGUGGAGUUUGAAGUGAACAUCGUGGUCCUCCUGCACGACGACCAUCUCAUCACAGAGAACUUCCCCCUGAAGCUCUGCAGGAUGUGAACAUCCACAGGAGAAGCAGGGAAGGAUUUUCUGGGAAUUCCUCAGAGAGAAAGUGGAACUUUAGCCACGGCUGACUUCAGCUGGAGCCACCUCACUCCCUUCUUCCUGUGGGCAUUUAUGUGCUUCCACUUCCCUGUUAACCUGGCCAAGACUUUGCCUCUCAGCAUUUCCCAAUCCUGCUGCCUUCAGCAACCAUGUUUUUCCAGUUUUUCUCAGGCAAAUCCUGAAGGAAUGGUUCUGUAGCUUUCUACAGCUUGUAGAAGCAUGUAGCAAGUUCCUCUCUUGGUUUAAUUUUGUAAUACUUGUUUCAAAGUCCUUUGAGGACUCCUUAAAACUCAUAAAUCCCAUUAUAUCCAUACUGGGAGGGUAUGGAGGUUGUGACAGAAUGAGAAGUAAGGUCUUUGAAGGUCUAAAAAAUGGUGCUGCAACUCUGCAAGGUGGUGCUGUGGGAUCUGUCCCGAGGUGGAUGGGAAAUGAGUGAUUUCAAAUCACACCAAGGAAAGUUUGGUCAAAUUGGGAACAGGAGCUGCUGGUGGAGGAAUAAAUUAAUGUGUUUGUGACUGUACAGCCUAAAGGAAAGGUGAUUCAGUAAGAAACAACCUUCCCAGCACAAACAGGUUGUGGAUUUUGAUGUUGUUUUCAUGGAACAGCCACAACUUGUGGAUUUUCCAUGUGGGGCAGAGGCAGGCUCAAUCUGUAUUAUGGAAAUUGGAAGUGUAAAGCUGAGCAUCUAAAAAGGCAGAAUUAAGAAAACUAAGAAAAAGCAUUUCCUUUGGUUUGUCCA